AUGACCAAGUUGAACGUCAUCCUCAGUUUCGUCGCUGCCGCCUUGGCGCUCGCCACUUUCGAUGGCGUCGACGCUGCCGGUCUCCGUAAUAAUGACUUUACUGAGCGUGUCUUAUCCAGCUUCGAUGCCAGUGCCAGUGACAGCUCUGAUGGCGAUCGCUUCCUGUUCGAGAUGGAAGGCAGUGACGGAUCGGAUGUCGACAGCAGCGACAGCUUCGGUGGUGAGCGACUCCUACAAGAAAUAGUAGAAGGAAGUGACAGCGCUACCGACGACGAGGGUAGUGAAAGUACCGACGGGGUGCGUUUCCUACAGGAGGUCGACAGCAGUGAGAGCGUUGCCAGUGAGCGUUCUCUUGUCGAAAUGGAAGGAAGUGAGAGCGCCGAUGGUAGCGAGAGUUUCGAUGGCGCUCGAUUCCUCCAGGAAGUUGACAGUAGUGAGAGUGAUGCAGAUGACAGCAGUGAGAGCGUCGAUGAUGAACGGUUUCUUGCUGCCUUUGAAAGUGAGGAGGGCAGUGAAAGUGGCAGCGCAUAG